GCGCCAUGUAGAAUGAGCACCUUGGUCCUGGUUUUUUUGAUCAUGACUGCCAUGGCAACAGCAUACCCCACCGUGAAAAAGUUGAAGACCUUUAGACAACAGCCGCGGAUGCUGCGGGGACAACAGGUGGAUACUGCAUCCUACCAGGUUGAAUUUGCGGUUUGCCAGAAGGAUUUGCUGGAUGGGAGUCAUGCAACCCUAUUUGCACGCGCCAUGAUCGUUCCAAAUGCUCCCUUUCGGAAGCUGGUUGCGAUGCACAACCUGCGGCUUUUGUUGAAAGAUCAUUUACCCAGAGAGAAGUUUAAGCAUGUCAAAGAAGCUGGGAGCACUCUGUACAAAUUGGACGUGGAUGGCUCCGAUCAUGACAUUGAGGUGGUGUUUCGAGACGUGGCCGAUGAUGCGCAGAUUGCCAACCUGCUCUUUGCAGCCAUGACAGCAGCCCAGUUGGAUGUGCAGGAACGUUCAAAGCAUAGGGGAAGGAGCAAAGACUAUCAAGAGCUGGCUGCAGCGCGUUUGACGAAGUUCGACUACGGGGUGCAGAUUUCGGGAUUUCCAGAGGGUACCGAAUGGGAUGUUGUGGCCACGAGGUAG